AUGCCCGGACUGUCACUGUACAGCGUUGACGCCAUAUUAAUCCUCUCCAGCGAGGACGGGUCGCGCAUCUUCACCAAGUACUACACGCCGCCGCAUCAAGCAGCUGCCCCCGGGCAAACCGCCCCCGCCAACCCCUACCCCGACAAGUCUUCCCAAACGCGCUUCGAAAAGGCCCUCCUCGCCAAGACAGCCAAGCAAACAGGUGACAUCCUCCUCUUCGACAACCGCGUGGUGCUCUACAAGAUGGAGGCCGACGUGGCGCUCUACGUGGUCGGCAGCACCGAGGAGAACGAAAUCCUGCUGUACAACGUGCUGCUCGCGCUGCGCGAUAGCCUGCACUUGCUGUUCAAGGCGAGCGUGGACAAGCGGACGAUCGUCGAGAACUAUGACCUCGUGGCGCUGGCCGUGGACGAGAUUGUCGAUGACGGGGUCGUGCUGGAGACGGAUCCAACGAUUAUCGUGCAGCGGUGCAGCAAGGCGCCGGCGCAGGAUGUUAGUUUCAGCAAGAUCGACCCGUUUAGUGAGCAGGGCGUGAAUAACUUGGCGCAGUUGGGGAAGGCGAAGUUGACGGAUUGGUUGCGGCAGGGUUUGUGA